AUGGCUGAUGUAAUAACAUUGAAAACUAUUGCUGUUGGGUACGGAGGAGUAGGAAAAACCUGCAUGUGUAUUAGAUUUUCCAGAGGAGAAUUUCCUCCUGAAUAUGUUCCUACAGUAUUUGACAAUUACUGUGUAGAUGGUGAAGUUAACGGACAGUCCUAUAAGUUGGCACUUUGGGAACCUGGAGGGGGAGAAGAUUACUACCGGUUACGUCCCCUUAGCUAUCCAGACACCGAUGUUUUUCUACUCUUAUUUGAUGUUGCUGGUAGUCGUGUUAAUUUUGAGGAGAUCCAUUCUUACUGGUGGGCUGAAUUACAUCACCACUGCCCUGAUGUCCCAAUUGUUCUUGUUGGAUCAAAAAUAGACUUGAGAGACAAAUAUGGUGUUACUACCAUUUCAACUGUCGAGGGUGAGGCAAUGGCUAAGAAGAUUGGGGCUGCAAAAUACAUGGAAAUAUCUUCAUUAAAGAAUAGAGGUGUGACUGAGUUAUUUGAAGAGGUUGUCAGCAUUGGUAUUCACUACAAUACUACAGUAAAGAGAAAGAAGAAAAAGAAAAGGAAAUGUACCAUUUGA